AUGGACUAUGAAUAGAAUAAUUAUUAGGCAUUCGAUAUUGAGAUUGUGGAUACUGAGCAACUGAGAAUAGAUCACGCAAGAUUGAGCUUCAUCAGAAAGGUGUUUCUGAUAAUUUUAUUUCAAAUUGGAUUUACUUUCAUUACUACAUUGAUAGCAUAUUCUCAAAUUCCAAUAAUUGAUUCCCUUUGCAGUAGACCCCUCUUAUUUUGGAUAUUUAUAGUUGUAUUGAUCUUAGUAAUAUUUUUGCUAAUGAGGUUUUAAAAAUUAGCCAAACAACAUCCCUAUAAUUACAUCUGUUACAGCAGUUUCACACUCUCCAUCUCAUACCUGUUUUUCUACACCAUUCAUCAUUAUCCUACCUACUCAAAUCAUAUCAUUUCCUUGAUUACACUGCAAUUUGGCAUCAUCAUUUCACUCCUCGCCUACUCGUACUUCACAGCAUCAGAAAUCAAUUUAAACAAAGGUUUAACAUUCAUUCUUAUCACUAUUGCUCUGCUAUUCAUUUUCUUAUUCCUCUACUUCGAAUUGUCCCUGAAGUUUUUAUUUAUUUUGUCAUUCCUCAUCAUCUUGUAUGGAGUGCAUAUCAUUAUUGAUACACUUCUUAUUGUCAACGGAGAGAAACAUGAAUUGGAUAUAGAUGACUACAUUAUUGCAGCCUUGAUGACAUAAGUUGACAUUAUUGGACUCAUUUCAAUACUUUUUCAAAAACUGCUUUCCUAAAUAUCAAAGAUAUAAAUCAACAGUAACUGA